CAACAGAUAUAGAAAUGAAUCUACUUGACAAGCUAAAGCCUCCUAUCAAUUUAAGAGAACUCACAAUCAGAGGCUAUGGUGGUGAAACUUUUCCAUCUUGGUUAGGAGAUUUGUCAUGGCUCUCUAAUUUGCGUGUGUUUACUAUUGAAAAAUGUCCCCAACUUAUUGGAGAAGUUCCUAAUUAUUUUUCUUCAUUAGAAAGAUUUGUUAUUAAGAAUUUUCCAAAGUUGGUGGUCUCAUUAUCAAAUUAUCCGAUAGGUUGCAAAUUAGAAAUUAAUAAUUGUGAAGGAAUGGUAUGUAAUGAUGGUUCAAUUGAUUUUGAGAAUUUGGAUUCUAAAUAUCUUGCAAAUAUUUCGACAGUUGAAGAUAAAUUAAAGAAAGGUUCUCAAAGAGUAUCUCAUUUGAGGAUUGCUCAUAAUGAAGAGAUUAUGAAAUCAUGGCAAAGUUUGGAAAACACCAAUUUUCUUUCCAAUAUAAAUUUUCUUGAGAUUAAUGAGUGUCAGAAUCUAAGAUCUAUUGGAAGGGGCAUGCUACCAUCAUCUCUGGAAGAAUUUCAUAUUAAUUCUUGUCAGAGUCUAACAUUCAUUGAUAGCGAUGUCUUACCGUUAUCUCUAAAAAGGCUUACGAUUUUAGGAUGUAGAGAGCUGAAAUUUUUGAAGGAUUUAAGUGUUUAUUCUCUUAUUGAGUCCAUACAUGUUAUUUGGUGUCAAUCUCUCAAGUGCUUAACAUUAGAUGGUCCGUUGCCUGAGAGACUCAACCAACUAGAUGUUUUUGGUUGCGACGCACUAGAAACAUUAUCAUCUAGUAGAAAUGAGUACCUCCCUAAGGCACUUACAUCCAUCAAUAUCUCGUUAUGUCCAGAGCUAAAGUCAAUUGCUGAGUCCUUUGAUAAUAGCACGUGUCUUCAAUAUAUUAUUGUAGAUGGUUGUAAAAAUCUUGAAUCCUUACCUUCAGGUCUACACCAUCUUCCUUGCCUUGAGUCUAUUGAAAUAAGAGAAUGUCCAAAAUUGUCGGUGAGAGAAGGUGUUCCCACCAGCCUUAGACAACUCUUAAUUAAUGAAUGUGAAGAUGACAAGGGAAUGGGAAUGGGAAUGAGAAUGCUCACCUCUCCAAAAAAGUUGCAAAUUGCAAGCCUCCAACAGCUUAAAUCCAUCUCAGACCUGACCAACCUCACCGCUCUUGAAAGGUUGGAUAUCAUUUCACUCCCACUGCUUGAAUCCAUCUCAGACCUGAACAACCUCAACUCUCUAAAAGAGUUACGAAUCUCAUCCCUCCCACAACUUAAAUCCAUCUCAGACCUGACCAACCUCACCUCUCUAGAAGGGUUGUACAUCAAAAGCCUCCCACAGCUUGAACUAAUUCCAGAUCUCAGCGGCCUCACCUCUCUUACAGAGUUGUACAUUGAGGAAUGCCAAAAGCUCAAAUCAAUUCCAAGUCUCGGCGGCCUCACCUCUCUUGAAGAGUUGCUGAUCCAUGAUCUCCCACAGCUUGAAUCAUUUCCAAGUUUCAGCGGCCUCACCUCUCUUGAACGGUUGAAGAUCUAUGAUCUCCCACAGCUUGAAUCAAUUCCGAGUCUCGGCGGCCUCCCCUCUCUUCAAGAGUUGACGAUCGCUGAUCUGCCACAGCUUGAAUCAAUCCAAGAUCUGAGCAACCUCACCUCCCUUGAAUAUUUACAAAUUUCCCAAUGCCCAAGGAUCAAAUCAAUUCCAAGUCUCAGCGGCCUCAUCUCUCUUGAAAGUUUGCAAAUCUUUGCUCUCCCACAGCUUGAAUCAAUUCCAAGUCUCAGCGGCCUCACCUCUCUUGAAACGUUGAACAUCACUAAUCUCCCACAGCUUGAAUCAAUCCAAGAUCUGAGCAACCUCACCUCUCUUACAGAUUUCAUAAUUUCCAAUUGCCCAAGGAUCAAAUUAAUUCCAAGUCUGAGCAGCCACACCUCACAUGAACAAUUGAGGAUUAUGGAUUGCCCAAACCUCAGAUCCAUUCCCGAUCUUGGCAACUUCAAAGAUUUAUCAGUUGAGAAAUGCCCAAAACUCAAAUCCCUGCAAACCCUGCCAUCCUCACUUCAGUCUGUAUGGAUUACAAAUUGUCCACUGCUUAUAAAACGAUGGAAAAAUGUUAGGGGAAAAUAUUCCUCAAAGAUUGCUCAAAUUCCUAAAGUUGUAAUAGAUGGCAAAUUCAUCUACAAUUCAAAGGAGUCCCAAGUUGAUUAUUGGAGCUUCCUUCAAAGGCGCAUCUAAUUUUCCUAAUGGCACAGAUACAUCUAAUUCCAUCAAAGGUGAUGGUCAACAAGAAUCUCUCAAUUAUAGUUUGUCCAGGACUGCUAUGCUUAGAUUCAAUGUUGUAGAAAUCAUCGGAAAGGCUUAAAAUUUUCAUUCUCUAACUUCAUUCCGCCAAAUGAUGAGAGCAAAACCAAUUAAUGGACUUCUAUAUAUCUUGCUGAGGCAGAGCAACCAGUAAAUUUUCAUCUUAUGCAAGUAUGUGAUAAAUUCUUUCUGAAUUUCUGUUUCCUCUUAUGCAGACACUUAUUCUUUCAAUUUCUGUGAGGGUCAUUGAAUACAAGAUUAGAUGAUAUUAUUGCUUAAUUUGUCCGAGUUAAGAGAUUUGAUGCAAAUUUGAUAAUUUUGGCUUUUAUUUCUAUGCUUAUACAAUUCAAGGCAAUAAUUCAAGGCAAAAAUGUGUAGAGGCCAGUAUUGAGCUAUUUUCAUUCUUAAAUUAAAUAAUAGAUUUAUAAAUUGAUCUCGUUUGGUUUUAGGUUUGUCAAAACUUCUAACAUCUAAACCAUUCUACAAUUUUUAUUUAUACUUUUUGUUGUUUAGAAAAUAAUUCCUAUGCCUCAAGUUUAAACUUUGCUAACUUUUUUUUUUCUUUUGUCAGAUAUUUGACUAUAACAAAAUUCUAUGCUAUCAACAAUAUUCUCAUAUUGAAGUUUACUAAG